CAACGCCCGCCAUCUUGUUUACUGUUACCACAGCAACGCCCGCCAUCUUGCUCGGUGUCUCCACCACCAGCCCGCCCGGGCCGUGCGGGGCCAUGGCGGGCGCGGGGCGGCUGCACGACCUGGACCUCAGCGCCGAGGAAGCUGAGCGCCUCCGACGCGCCUUCCGCGACGAGAAGUUCCGCGCGCUGUUCGCCGAGUACGCGGCGGAGCUCACCGACCCGGAGCAGCGCCGGCUGUACGAGGAGGAGGUGGCGGCGUUGGAAAGGGAACGGGGCGUGGAAGUGCGCUUCGUGCACCCCUCGCCGGGCUUCGUGCUGCGGACCAGCCAGGAGGGCUCCCGCCGCUGCUACAUCAACGUGUGCAGCAACGCGAUGCUGGCGGAGCCGCGGGCCCACGCCGAGCGCGGCGGGCAGCGCUGGGCCCUGCCCUACAGCCUGGCGCCGGGCCGGGAGGAGCUGCGCCGCGCCGGCCGCCGCCGCCUGCUCUACGACGUGGUGUUCCACCCGGCCGCGCUGCGCCUGGCCGCCCGCAGCGCCCCGUUCCGCCGCCUGCUCUGCGACACGGCCCUGGACGCCGUGGAGCGGCACUGCGGGGUGCGGCUGGACCGCGCCAACGCCGCCGUGCUCCGGGGGACCCGCUACAAGGGCGUCCCGCAGGCGCCCGUCAUCCGCUCCCCGCUGCCCGGCGGCGCCACGAAGCCGCCCGACGGCGGGGAGUCCCCGCUGCCGCCCUUCCCCUACCCCGCCCCGCCGCCGGCCGACAACGGGGACUCGCCGCCGCCGCCUCCCUUCCCCGCCCCGCCCGCCGCCGGAGCCGCCCCGCCCGCCGGCCCCACCACGCCGCGCUGGAGCAUCCGCCACCGCUCCUACGUGGACCUGCAGGACUACCGGCACAGCCGCGACUCGGCGCCCAGCCCGGUGCCGCGGGAGCUGGUGGUGACGGUGGAGCUGCCGCUGCUGCGCUCGGCGGCGCAGGCGGAGCUGGAGAUCCGCGGGCGGGAGCUCAGGCUGGACUCGGUCCGUCCCGCCUACCGCCUGCGCCUGCGCCUGCCCUACGCCGUGGACGAGAGCGGCGGCCGGGCCGCCUUCAACCGGGCCCAGCGGCAGCUGCAGGUCACGCUGCCCGUAGUGCCGCCGGCCCCCGCCGGGCAGCGGCGGGAAGGGGCCGAGCCCGCGGCGCGGGGGCCGGGCGAGCCGCUGGGCGAGCCGCCGGAGGCUGGGCCGGGCGGCGGGGCCGCUCCUCCCCCGGGCCCCGGCGGCGCGGCCCGGAGCACGUGGGGCGGCGGGGAGACCAGAGAUCCACCCGGGGAUCCGCCCACCGAGCCCCCCGCUGAACCAUCCCCUGAACCACCCGCUGAACCCCUCUCGGAACCCCCCUCUGAAUCACGCGCAGAACAACCCGCUGAACUCCCCGCAGAUCCACCUGCUGAAUCCCUUACCGAGCCCCUCGCCGAGCCCCUCGCCGAACGUCCCGCUGGACCACUUUGUGGUCCACCCACCGAGCCCCCCGCUGAACUCCGCUCUGAACCCCCCGCAGAACAACCCGCUGAUCCCCCCGCUGAACUCCUCGCUGAACCUGCUGAACCACCCGCAGAACCCCUCACUGAACCACCUACUGAAUCCCCCACUGAUCCACUCGCUGAACCCCAAAAACCACCUGCCGAGCCCCUCGCCGAACCACCCACUGAACCGCCCGCUGAACCCUCCUCUGGACCACCCCCUGACCCACCCGCUGAAUCACCCACUGAGCCCCCCAACCCACCACCACGCUCCGGCGCCUCUCCCCCCAUCGCCAGCCCCGAGCCGGCCGUGCCCGCCGAGGACGCCCCUCCGAGCCCUCCGCCGGCCGCAGAGCACAGCCCCGCCGGGAUGGGCGCCUCGUGCCCUCCUUUCCAGGCCCGGCAGGACGAGGCGUCCCUCACCCUGCUCCUGAGAGUGCCCGGCAUCCAUCCCCAGAGCCUCUGCGGGGACGUGGGCACCCACCACUACAGCCUGCGCUUCUCCACUGACAGCGGUGCCUUUGCCCUGUUCCUGCAGUUCCCUCCCGCAAACAGGCUGCUGUCCCCCGAGACCGGAGUCAGCGUCUCUGCCCACAACGUGGUUGUGGAGCUGGCCAAGGCCCCCGACAGCACCGGGCCCUGGGAGAAGUUCAGCUUCGGCCUCGACCCCUCCGCUCUGCAGGAAAGAUUGUUUGUCACUGAAGAGAACGUUGAUGGAUUUCUAGGCACUGCUUUAUGCCCUUCUUCUUGCUCCCAAUCAGCACUGGAAAGCCAGCCAUUAAUUGAAGUGCUGGAGGUUUCUGAGGACAGAAUUCAAAUCAGGGUGGAGCCACAGGAACGUGAUGGAGAAGGAACACUUGGCAGCUCGGGGGGAGACCUUGCUGGAAAGACCAACGGUGACUACCCCGAAACAAAGGCAGAAACAAACUGCCCUGCAGCUGAUGGAGAACGUGCUGCAGGAACCAACACGGCUCCCACAGCUGAAACAAUAGGAAAAGUAGGUUGUAGUUCACACCAUUGUUUGGAGCACGAACCUCCUGACACCAGUUCAGCGAUUGCUGGUGAAUCUGGGAGAAAGGAACCAGAUUUAGAAAGUGCUGCCGCAGCAGGCGACACAGCCCCGGCCCCAGGCUCUGCAAAACAAGGAGAGCUUCUGCCAGGGGGGCAGGAGGCAGUGGAAGGGCACGAAGAGGCUGAACCCCCAGGGCUGGACAGCAGGGCAGCCUCCCCUCUCCUACGAGAAGUGAACCUUGAGGACGGGAGCGUGCGGGUCCUCAGGGAUCACGUAACGCGCUGCCCCGUCGUGUUUCAGAAUUCCCUGCUGUAUGAGUUGGAUUAGUUUAAUGGGUUUAGGAUUUCCUUCUGUUGUUUGAUGCUUAUUGUGACUUCCACGUGCUGGUGGGUGACUUCAGGCCUCAGAGGUCCCCACUGGAACUGUUUCAGCAUCAAAACCUUACGUUGUUACAAUUUUUGCAGUUAAUAGAUCUGUUUUCUAAUCACAUGUAUGGGCUGAAGUAGUUUUAUUACAAGAAGGAUGCAGUUGGAAGUGAAUCUGAGCUCCUGGAAGAAAAUGCAUCUUCAUUGUUUACAUAACUUUUUUAUUCUCUUACCAGAUUUCAGGGAUUAUUUGUAUAUAUCCUUGGUCUAAUGGCUCCCUUGGGAAUUGAGCAGUAUUCAUCAUUUUUCAAACCUUUCAUUUUGUGAUAACUGCAGGAUUAGACUCGCAGUGAUUUUUAGCAAUCAAAUGAAAUUUCUAAUUACCCGGAGAAGUUCUAAUUAGUCUCCUAGAAAUAAUCAACAUCUACACCCUGUAUUCCAUCCUAGUGCAGUGCUUUGCAGCACCCAGACAUCCCCCAGCUGAACAAAUUCCAUUGCACAUUAACAACAUCCUCUGGGUGCACGUGUGCUGUGAAGUAUUUACAAUUUGGGAGACGGAUUCACUUUAUCCAGAUUUAUUUUCACAGUUUCCCUCGAGUUUCCACGUGCUCGUUGCUGGUUCACCUCUCUAAAGUGCCAUAACCAAAAGAACACAUCUAAUAAUAAACUUCCAGUUCCCUUUCUCA